UAGAGUACUGGUAACUAAAGAGUCGUCUCCCUUUCAUUUGUGCUGCUUUUACUUUCAGCUGUGACAUUAUUAGAACAUAUUAAACACUGUCGUUCUUGUGUGCUACAAAAUAUACUACAAAGACACGCAUAGACGAUAUACCUUAUCUGUAGCAAUGGAAGUAACCAAUUUGUUUGUAAUAAUAAUUGCAUUUAGUUAUACUUUUCAAAUGAUCGGAGAAUGUCACAAAAAUGAAUCCAAACAACCCAAAUUAUUGUUGAUAUCUUUGGAUGGAUUUAGAUGGGACUAUCUGUCAAAGGUACCAACCAAUACAACAAACUUCAGUAGAUUUAUCAAUGAAGGAUGUCAUGCGAGGUGCGGAUUAAAAAACAUUUUCACAACUUUAACCUACCCAAAUCAUUUUGCAUUAGUUAGUGGAUUGUAUGCUGAAUCUCAUGGAGUUGUUGGCAACAAGAUGUUCGACCCUGAAUAUAAUGAAACUUUUACUUUAAAUAAUGUUACCCAACAAUCUCAGUCAAAAUGGUUUGAUAACGGGGCCGAACCAAUCUGGGUUACCAAUCAGUUACAAGGAAAUGACCGACGUUCUGGGACAAUGUUUUGGCCAGGUAGUUAUGCACCAGUCAAAGGUGUUCAAAUAACAAGAAAACAAGAUGGAUUUGACUUCAAAUCUGAUACAAACUUAGCCUAUGAAACUCGGGUGGACAUAUUAAUGAAGUGGUUCACAGAUGAAUAUCCCAUUAAUUUAGGACUUCUCUAUAUUGAAGAACCUGAUGAAACGGGGCACAAUUAUGGACCUGAUUCCCAAGAAGUCAAAAAUAAGAUUAUGGAAUUAGAUAAAAUUGUUGGUUACUUGUUAAAAAAGGUUAAAAAAGCAGAUCUUCAUGAAGAAUUAAAUAUUAUUUUAACCAGUGACCAUGGUAUGAUGUCAGAAGAUCACUUUAUAGAUUUGUCAAAAGUUUUGAGUCCAGAUCUGUACAGAAUGUUUGAUUGGAAUAUUCUACCAAAUAAAGGUCAAGAAGAUCUUGUUUAUAAUCAGUUGCUAAAGGCUUCAAAAGAAAAUGGUCAUUUUAAAGUUCAUCAUAAAAAUGAAGUACCAUCUGAAUAUUUUUAUAGUAAAAAUAGAAGAAUUAUGCCAAUAGUGUUGGAAGCUGAGGAACACUAUGGAUUAGCUCAAAAUCUGAGUUCUUUUAAAAGACUAAAUAAGGGAGCACAUGGGUAUAACAAUAGUCUACAAGAUAUGCAUCCAAUUUUUCUGGCAAUGGGACCAGCUUUUAAAAAGGGAGCAAGUGUAGAGAGUUUUAAUAAUUUAGAUGUUUAUCCAUUGAUGUGUCAUAUAUUGGGUUUAAAACCGGCACCAAAUAAUGGUACUUUAGAUAUAGUCAAAGAAUUAUUACAUGAGAAACAGAAUACUACUAUAACAUUUGCUACAUAUAUAGCUACUUCUGUGUUAAUUGCUUUUAUCGCUGGUGUAUUUAUGAUUGCUGCAUGUCGACAAAAUCGUAAAUUGAAACAAAAUCGGCAAUUGGUUCUGUCGUCUGUACCUGAUGGAAUUAAAUUUUCUACACUUUUACAGAAUGAAGCCCAAGUGCCAUUAUUAUCAGAUUCAGAGGACAGUUUUAAUUGAAAAACUUGCAGCUUGUAUUACAUAUUAAACAACGUAAUUGUCAUUCUUAUAUUUACUGUAUGUACCAACAUCUGCGGAUUGACUUUAACUGUAGGGUAGCCACAGUGGCUAAGUGUGUAGGACGUUGGCUCGUUAACUUGGAGGACCUGUUUUUGAUUCCUGUGUUGCCUGAGAAAGUUCACCAGGAUUUUCUGGCAUGGUUCCCCCUUGUCAGUGGUGCAGGAUGAAGGGUCUGGCAAGGGACAACCUAGUCAUUUGGAUGGGACAAAAAACGAGGUUGGAAUUCGAAAUAAGACUAGGCCGUAGUACCGCUGUCCAAGUAAAAUUUCCCACAUAUCACACUGUAUGACAUAUGUCUAUAUUAGCCCAGUCGAAGCAGAACAGUAGGAUGUAGAACCCCAUUUCAUUUCUCUAACGGUAGGAUGAUUAGAUUGUCCUCGUUGUUCGGACAAACAACAACUUAUAAAUAUUUGGUAGCCUUUUAUGUGCAGUCAUAGAUAUAGUACAUCAUUUACUUAUAACAAUGUGUUUUGAAUUACGCCAUCGUUGACCACAACUAGAGGUACAUACAAUUUUAUAUAACUAUAAUAUAAACUUUUACGCUGUUUAGUGAGACUCAAUUUUUGCCUUCAAUUUUGUACUUUCAUAAAAAUUCAUACUUACUUCUUAAAGUGAAGUGAAACACUUGAAUAAUUACUUCAACAAUCCUUUUGAAAUGUGUUAUAAAUUUACAUUUGAACUGUGUUCAGUUCAGAUAUUUCUACAUGGUUGAAUUGUAUUUAAAGGACAAUAUGGGUGUUAGUCAUUAUCACGUGUGAUAGAACUGGUUAAACACAUUCCAAAUGCAAAAGCAAAACAUGAGUUAUUCUUCUAUAUAACUGACUGAAGUGAUAAGGGAUACACAGGCGAAUCUCUGCUCACUAAUAAUUCCUUCGAAGACCAAAGUUGUUUUGUGAGGCUGUGAGAGGAUAUCUGAUAAUUUUAAAAAGUAAUUGAAUGUCACUAGAUGAACGAAAACGAGAAAAAUAGAAAUAGUCCGUACAUUUUUUUGUUUUUAUUCAUUCUAUACUUAAUAAAAACAGGGUAAUGCAUGGACUUUUUCUACUUCUCUCUUAUUUAUGCUCACUGAGGUGGUUGUUUAUUAUGGACCUUUUUGCCACUUGUAGAUAUACAAUUGGGGGCUUCCGGUAAAUCCCUAAAUGUAAAUAUAUUUUGUAUUUUUGUUGUUUUUUUUAAAAAUGAAAUUUCGAUUUUAUAUGCAUAAUGUUCUUUAUGUCAAGUAAUUUGUUAAUAAUGGUCAUAUUUGAGGUAUUAUUUCUGUGAUAUUUAAUAAGUUAUCCAUUUCAGAAUUUUCCAAAGUUGAUAAAUGUUCCUAUAAAAUAUAUUGGUGAUAAGACCUAACUACAACUUGCAGAGGAUAAGCAAAUUUAAUACAAUCUUUAACUUUAUUUUGCAAAAUAAAUCUAAUAUUUGUUUCUUUUGAU